AUGAGGAGUAAUAUUCAUCAGAAUAACAAUCAUCAUGAACAACAACAACUAGGAAUCAACCAAUCUCAAUCUAAGAAAUGGCCAUUAUUUACAAUAUUACUAAUAAUUCUCUUAAUUCAAACAAGAACAAUACUAUCCCUAGCGACUCCUUCAUCGAAUUAUGUAACGGUGGUUUCUCAUAGUCAUUAUUGGUCCUCCGAAAUAUCAUCCUCAAUAGACAGGGUGGAGAAUAGAAAUAUCUACACUGAUGAACAAUGCUCAUGCCCUAAUUGUGUCUGCAAUAACCAACUAAGUAUGUGUCCAAGACAAUUGAAGAGUGAUGAAAUUGUUAUUCUUGCCUCGUUGGAAACGUGUGGAAAAUACAGUCAGGUUGCAAGUGUAGGACUCAUAAAUAUUGAAACAAUUGAUGAUGAUUUACCUCCAUUCAAGUACUAUCUGGUGGAUGAGGAUAAUAAGAAGAAGGCAAUUAGAGGACAAGGUUUUGAUUAUAGCACUCUGAAGAGUGGUGGAAGUGAAGCUCAUAAUUGUGUCUCCGAUUCAAAGCCACCAGUGAGAUUUCCAAGAGAUGGAGGAAGAGUAUAUCUUAUUGCAAAGAGUGUUGUCAAUACUACUGAUGUGAGGUUUAAUAUUCAGAUGUCGUGUGUCAUUCCUCCAUUCUCUUCAAUUGAGGUUUCUGCUUCAAAGUUUGGUGAUUGGAGUAAAUUCUAUGCUGGAAAUCCCAUUACAUUCACAGUUGCAUUCAAGAAUAGAUUUUCAUUGGUUGAUACUUGGAUUCAGGGAUCUCUUUCUGUUACAAAUUACAGAAAUCAACCUGAAGUACCAGUUGUUGAUGGAAUUGGUGUUGUCAAAUUCACUCCUGUUGGUUCUGGAGUUGUGACACUUGUGUUAAAAUUUGUUCCAAGCACAGCCAUGCAUGGAAAUGCUAUUGCUGACAUUACAGCACCUUCUGCACUCGUUGUUAAAAUGGCAUCCAGAGGAUCUUUUGAAAUUGUACCAGCUACAGUAAUUGUAAAUUCUGAAUUCAAGAUCAAGUACACCAUCUAUGAUAAUGAUGGAACUAUUACCCCAGUACUCGAUUUGAAAAAGUUGUCAUUCGUGAGUCCUGACACUGAUCUCAACUGCACUUCUCCUAAAGAUAGUUAUGGAUCUGGAACUGUACUCUGUGUUGCUUCUUCACCAAGCUCUGGAGCUCAAAUUGUAAUCAUGAUGGACAAUUACAUUGUGGUGAGUAAGACAGUUUCUAUUGUGGAGAAUGAGUCACUCUGGGUUAACAUCUUGGUCGUUGUCCUGUGCAUUGGAUUGGCUGGAGUCAUUAUUAUUUUAACCGUUUUUGGUUAUUGUGUUUGGAGAAAAACUCAUCCACACACUAAAUUGGUGGACGAGAGAGAUGAUCAUGUCUUUGAAGAGGAACUUGUGGUCGAUAUUGAUGAUACUGAAGAUACAAGUGAGCAUCAACAUAGUCAAUGA